GGGAUGAGUUUUCGCACUCGGUGUUUCUUUUAUGUGCCGCUGUUACUUUAGCCAGUGAUAUGGCAAAUGUUUGCCUGUGAUAUUUGGAAUUAACACAAAUAACAUCGGAGUUGAAUAUCUAUGGCAACAAUGGAGUCAUCGUUCUUUCCUCCUCAGGCUGUUAAAAUAAUGAACUCCUCCGGAAGUGUCUGCAACAGAAAUACUUUUCAUUCGGGAAUCCUGCAGUUAGAAGGCAAACCCCAAACCCAGGUGCACCCGAAACGCAACAGACUGAAACUAGCAAAAACGUACAGAUUAUCGGAUAAUAUUGCUGGGAACAAUCCCAGCCAUGUAACCGGGAGCUCCGGAUCGACUGCCCUUUGUAAAGAAACAUUUUUUACAGAUGCUGUAGUAAUAACUACUGACGAUAAAGACAACUUGACUCAGGAAGAACACUAUUCUCAAACAGUGCAAAACGGCAAUAAGCUGACAUUAAAGAGGACGAGUAACAAUAGAAGUGUGCAGCUCGUCUCCACUUCUACAAAUAGAGAGCAUGCCUUAAGUGACAAUAGUUUAAAGUCAACCACUGAUCAUUUUGCAUCUAAUAAAGAGGUGUUGACCAGAUUUUUACAAACAGAGACGGGUGAUCGGGAUCACAUGAUGGAUCAGCCAAAAAUUAACAUCGGACAAGUCCAAGAGACCACAAAACAUGAUCCUGUCCAAAACGUGAUCUCCUCAAACGGCACCAGGCCCACAUCUAUAGAACCAACCAACGUCAGAACCGUCAGCGAAUUGAGGUUGGGCUGGAGAAAGGAAAUUCCGAGCAGUGAAUUGCUUAAGGACAUUCAAAAACUCAAUUUGCAGUUUCCUGUCCAAAGGUUUUUCACUCUUCUGAAGAAGAAGGGAACUGCAUCCAAAGAGGAGAGCUCUGCUUUAGAAGCAGAAAUGUCUGAUUACAAGCAUCAUUCAGAUUAUUGUGUUCAGAGGAAGAGAAAACAAGAGCUGGAGGAUCAGUACAGGACAUACAAACGUUACAAUACAAACAAAGCAAUUAGAUCUACCAUUAAGGAUUUUGAGCGAUUGUCUGAUGUUUUGGUCAACCCUCAUUCAAAGUACACAAACCGACUGAGUCGAACAAAGUGCAGACAGCAACUAACCACAUUCUGUGCUGUAGUCACUGAACCAGUGCAAAAUGACUCUGUUUAUCAGAACCCAAGUCUAAGAAUGGAUGAUGUUCUUUGGACAGAUAAAUAUCAGCCUCAGCAGUCUAGUGAAGUCAUUGGAAACUCUGCAUCAGUACGGCAAUUGCACAGCUGGUUAAAAGAAUGGAAAACAAGAGCAGACACCGAAGAGAGGAGAAGACGACAAGAUGAAAGAAGAAUGAAAAAAGAUGCUGCUGAGUCCUGGGACUGUGGUGAUUUUGUGGGUGAUGCUGUAUCCAUGGACCAAGUGAAGGAGCUGUGUAACACUGUGCUCAUUACUGGUCCUUCUGGAGUGGGCAAAACAGCUGCUGUGUAUGCCUGUGCACAAGAGCUGGGAUUCAAGGUAUUUGAAGUGAACAGUUCAGUCCUGCGCUGUGGUCGACUCCUCCUUUCUCAGCUGACAGAAGCAACUCAGUCUCAUCAGAUGGACCUUGAGAGUAUUAAACCCUCAGCCCUCAAAACUGAAUCUGAGAUCAUUAACCAAAGCCAAAUCAAACCUGCUCCAGUUUCUUCCACAGGCAAGGAAGCACAUAGAAAAGUUACUACUUCAUCAUCUAAGAAGACUUCAGUUUCUCGUAGUGAUUCCCAUAACAUCAGAAAUCCACAACCAGUAAAACUCACUCGCUUCUUCAAAUUGAGUAGCAAAAAAUCUCUAGUUAAAACAUCUGAUGGUCCAGAACAUUGUAUGCAUGCAACUAUUGAACCAGAUAGACUUCAGAGAUCGGGAUCUGGGUUUAAGGACAACAGUGAAAGAGGCAAAGAGUCAGCCUCUAAAAACCAGAGCCGUGCAAUCCCUGUGUCACUAAUACUGUUUGAAGAGGUUGAUGUUAUUUUCCCCGAAGAUGUUGGAUUUCUUACAGCUAUUAAGACUUUUAUGAGCACAAGCAAAAGACCCAUAAUUCUUACAACCAAUGACCCAUUAUUUGGAUCAAGACUUAAGGGAAAUUUUGAUGAAAUCCAUUUCCGUACUCCUUCACUGCAAACUAUCAGGAGCUAUCUGCAGUGUUUGUGUGUGGUGGAGAACAUGAAGACUGAUCCAGAGUACAUGGCCUUUCUGCUGUGUCAGAAUAAGGGGGACAUCAGGCAGAGUAUUCUCCAGCUUCAGCUCUGGGUCUGUAGUGGUGGAGGAAGCACAGAACUACAAAUUCUCCAGAACACACUCAAAUGUAGAUCAUGGACCGAGCUGAAAAAUAGCAGAUGUUUGGAGAUCCUGGCAGAGAAAACAGGAGGAGGUCUACUGUACUUUAUCAUCGGAAGUCUUUUUUCACCCGAUUUCUCAUCUCAGACUUUUUAUCUGCAAGAGUCUUCAAAUCCCAACACUAAAGGAGAGGAGUCAGAAGGCUUAAUGUUACAGACUCCCACAAAUGUGCAUGAGAGAAAAUCAGCCUGCAGAGGGAAAACACAAAGGUCAAAAACUAUUUCUUACACACAUUCAGUCAAGGCUUCAGAUCCUUCAAAGCAAACUAACAAAUUGGCUUCUGAACCUGAUGUCCGUGGACAAAGCGAAUCACUCAUAUUUCACCAUGUGUUGUGCAUUGGAAGUUUUUUCGACAACAUGUCUUUUGUGGAUGCUUGUUUACAAAAACCGUCUCUCAAUAGAACUGAACUUUGUAAAACAGAAGCUCUUGGUUGGAUGGGCGCCACACUGAAGGAUAGUUUAUUGGACUUGGAAAGAGAAGAGCAAAUCAGACAAUAUUUUGAGAAUUCCUCCCAGCUACUGGCCUUUGUUGAAGUUUUAAGUUUCCAUCGCUGCCAGACUGAACUCUCUGGGAUCUGGACAGAAGCUGCAAGACUGAGGGAGAAGAUGUCUACUGAGAGAUGGGAGCAAGUGAUGGCUUCCUUUUCUCAGCCAUUUUGCCAAAAAUACCUCACAACAUGUCAGUGCAAAUUCUGUGAACCUAGGGUUGCCCAAAAGCACAGGGAGUUAGCAUCCAUACUGAUUUCCAGCAGAAAGAUCUGUUAUCUUCGUAAUAAGCAUGCUUUUUUCAUGGACUACCUGUCCACUCUGCGAUCAAUCUGUCGGUCAGAGAGAGUUAAAGGACAGCACUCAAUUAGACGUUCAUACUACCUCUCAAGCCUUCACCUACCCAGAAGCACUUUAGAACUUAUGACAUUGGAUUUCCCUUGAUGUGUGACUGAGCUGGUGCAGUAAAUUUUCCUCAACUUUUGCGUGGUUUUCUGUAUAGUUAAAGGAAUGCGAACUUUCUGUUUUUUGUGUUUUAGAAAUAUUUUAUGUAAAGACCUGUAAAAGAUUGUUUAUGGCAUCUUUUUUACAAUAAGCCAAAACAUGAAACUAUUAACUUCUGUUUUCUGCAAAGGGCACAUCUUAUACCCUGGAAGACAGUUAGGUGGCUUUAAAGUGAGUAAACCCAUUGCUUUAAAGCUAUUUAGUGCAUAAUUCUAAAAACAUAAGUUACAACAGGUUUACUCACUUUUGUUAAAGAGCAGGCCAGUUGCAUCCAUCUAAACCCCACAUUAAAUUUCUUGCGGAAAGCCUAACAAAGAACAGUAGAACGUGUAAAAGCUGAAAAAUGUGAAAAACUCCUCUUUGUAUUUAGAAUGUGAGGUCAUUACAAUCCUCAUUAGUCAGGUGUUGACCUUGUCCAUAUAUUGUUUGUGUACGCAUGUAAACUCUUGGAUGUUUGUUUGUUGGUGAUGUUGAGUAUUGUCAUUUGUUGAAUGUUUAAACACUGCAGCUCUAUUUCUAUUCUCAUGAAUUAAAUAAAAUAAC